AUGAUGGUAGGCGACGAUGAUGAUGACGUCGGCGACGAUGUUAACACCCUUUACCCUCCUCUGCUCUCUCCUUUUCUAUUUCGAUAUUUGCGGUGGAGCGGUUUGUGUGAAUGGUGCUGGUGGGACUGUGCUGUGAUGGCCGAUUGCCUGCUUCUGAACACGUUGAUCAAGUCGGUAAGGGCAGGUCGUUCUCGCUCACGACGACGACCACCACCACCACGCGACCAUGAUCAAGGACCAGUUGAUUCAGCAAAUUCAGAUUCAGCUCAUUAUAAGAAUCAGAGAUACGAUGAACCAUUGGUCAAUGAAAAUAAGAUGGUUGCAUUUCCUAGCGUAGCGGUGUAUGAAUCAUCGUGUAAUGAUGUUGUGUACAUAAAAAAUCAGUUGCAGGAACUGAGGAGAUUGAUAAAUGAUUCAGUAGAAGCAGAAAACGUGAACAAAUCCAUCCCAGUGAAAAUAGAGGACAGCGAUGUUGUGGAGCGACUUCUUAUAGAAAAUGAUGCUUUACGUAAGGAACUGGUGGAGAAAGAUAGGACAAUCAGUAAAUUAAAAGCUCAGAUGCUACUUCAUUGA